AUGGACACCGUAAAAUACAUCAACUCCUACUGUCAGGAAAAGGUCUUGGGGAGCCUGCUUUGCGACGUGCAUCCACAGAAGGGACGCAUUUUAGUGGCGGAGAAGAACUUCGCGUGCGGUACAAAGCUUUUUGCCGAAGCUCCCUUGCACCUGGUGGCGGAGGCUCCCAAGGACCCCGCCUUCAUACGAUUGAAACGUCUCUGCAAAGUGAAAUCCUUCGCCCAUGCACCGCUGUGGUACUGGGCAGCUUUGAGCUCACUGACAGGCGAAGACUACGAGGGCUGCAAUGCGAGUUUUCCAUCCGUGACGAUGGAGCAACAGCAACAGCUGCUGAUGUUCUACCACCCGGAGCCGCAAGUACCUUCGGAGGAUUCACUCCACAUCGUCCAUGAGUUUUGGGGACGCAAUGCUGCAAGUUCCUUAGCCUUGAAACUCGAGAGUCUUCUGGCAGUGUGGCUUUUGAACUGCUUCGAACACAGCGAGGAGCCUGUGGGUUUCAGCACCUUCUUUCUGCCCGCCUUCAUCUCACACGACUGCCGGCCCAACUGCAUGUGGCACUACGAGGGGGAUUGCUUCACCCUGCGCGCCAGGCGCAACAUCCCGGUGGGAGAGGAGAUUACUGUGUCGUACCUGGCAGAGGAGUCGUUGUUGGAAUCUAUCGCCAGUCGAAGAUCUCAACUGGAGGCCACGAAGCAUUUCCUGUGCAACUGCAGCACCUGCCGAGUGGCUUUGGAUCCGGUGCGUGGCUUCAGAUGUCUAGGUUGCCAAAAGGGCGAGAUCUUCUUCGAAUGUGGAGACACGAUCAAGCCCUGCGCCCUUGGCGCAUGUCGACGCUGCGGCUUCUUAGCCACCGCGGCGCAAGCCAACGAGCUGGUGCUGCAGGAGGCCAAAGUGGAGGAGUUAGUUCAAGAAUGGGAUCGAAAAGAAGGAAGUGCGGCAGCCUAUCUCACCGAGGAGCAAGCGCAGCGGCUGGAAGAAAACAUGUCGCAGCUGUUUUCGGACAAACAUUGGCUGCGUGAUCGGGUGGCGAGGCACUUGGUGGCCUACUACGAGGCCGCUGGAGACGCGAAGACGGCGCUCAGCUUCGCCAAUCGAUGCUCAGAGUUCACUGCGGAGGUCUACCCUGGCUUCAGUGCUCUACAAGCAUGGUCUAUGGAGACACAGGGCGAUCUGCAGCUGCGCCUCAACGGCUUUCAAGUGGGACCCGAUUCCGUGGAAGGUCAAGGCGGGCAGAGUUCGGCCUCAGGCCGUGCCGUUGCCAAGUGA